UUUGAAGUUCGUCGGAAGGAAGCCAGCCGAUUGUUGGCGGCGUUCAAUUGAAGAUGCGGUGGUGCUUUGGCGGCGGAGUGUCUGCUUCUCGAAAGUUUGUUUUCUGCAAAACCACACUCGUGCAGCGAUCUCUCGUGUCGCGUUCGACACCGGCUGUCCCAUGCUAGACCAAGUUUGUGUCGGCGUCGUACGAGGUGCUUGUGCCGAGCCGCCUCCCCUGGGGUGACUCAUAUGACAGCGGGUCCCAUGUGAGAACGACGGAAGCGGCGGCUUGAUGGCGAGCGCGGAGGCUCAAACUUCAAAGUUCGUCGGAGGCUCUCCAGUUCGCCGGACUCCUGUGAAUACCACCAUGUUAUGUGUCUUCGUUUUUUGGGUCUGCGUCUCCCGGGGAAUUCCCGUCUCUGCGGCGAAAGAGCCCGUGAUCCUCGAGGGCCCCAGCAACCGCACGGUGGCGGAAGGCUCCAGCGUGCUGCUCCCGUGCACCGUCGAGUCCCCGGACACCCUGGUGCUGUGGCAGCAGGACGGACACAGCCUCCGCAACCAGGGCGGCUCCACCUACCGCCAGCUCAAGUCCGGCGCCCUGGUGCUGGACCGCGUCGAGACCGUCGACUCGGGAUCGUACCGCUGCAUCGCCAGGAACGCCCGGGGCAAGGUGUUCUCGGAACCUGCGCUGCUCGUCGUCCACGUUCCUGCGAAGAUCGAGGGCGGCCGAUCGGUCUUCAACGUGUCAGCGGGGGACUCCGUAGUUCUCAGCUGCACCGCCAGGGGCGACCCUCCGCCGCUGAUCACGUGGUGGAAAGACGGCAUCCAGCUGGUGCGUGCGGAUUUGGAGUAUUCGCACUCUCAGCUCGAGCUCAAUGCCACCGCAAGUUCGACGUACACCUGCGCGGCGUCCAACGUCGUCGGUGAAAACCACACUGACGUGAAGGAUACCAAGGACUACCACGUCUUCGUGGCGGGAUCGCCAGGCCCGCAGCAGGAGGACCAAGCGAGCGGCGACGCUCCAGUGAGCGACGUCAUGGUCCAGGCGGAGGAGGCCCUCCGGUCCGGCUACGACCACCAGGAGGACCACGACGUGCCGCAGGGCUUCUGCUCCCCGUACACGGGCGCCGUGUGCCGGCGGUUCUUCAACGGCUCGGGCCUCGUGUACUACAACAUCAGCGUGGACUCGUCGCCCGUGAUGCUGAACGAGCAGCUGACGCAGCAGCUCUGGGAGGAGCUCAUCUCGUCGCUCCAGGAGCCCUGCCGGUCCGCCGCCGAGGUGAUGAUCUGCCACUACGCCUUCCCGCAGUGCGAGUGGAAGGCCAGGCUAGCCAUCGCCAAGCCCCUCUGCCGAGAGGACUGCAUUGCUGUCAAGGAGCUUUUCUGCUACAACGAGUGGGCCCUGAUCGAAGACAACAAGCAGCGCGGCAUCUUCUUUAAGUCUCGGGGACAUUUCCGGCUACCUGAGUGCGAGACUCUUCCCAGCUACGAGAACCACUCAAACGAGUGCUCUCAUGCGCACCUCACCGAUUUCAAGGAGGAUGAGGCCACUGUCAACUGCAUCAAAGGGAGAGGACGCUUCUACCGGGGCACUGUCAAUGUCACCAAGUCAGGGAUUCCGUGCCAGCGGUGGGAGGUGCAGGAGCCUCACCACCACAACCGGCCACCAAUGGUAUUCCCUGAGGUCCUCAACUCCGACAACUAUUGCCGCAAUGCGGGAAGCGAGGAGCCAAUGCCCUGGUGCUACACCACGGACCCCAGGAAGCGAUGGGAGCACUGCUCCAUACCACAGUGUGAGAAUACGACCACAAGUGACCUGUCGGGUCGGGACAUUUUGGACCUGUUCGAGCCUCCGGGUGAGCCCUCUUUCGCCCCGGCUCUGGUCCUGCUCGUGUCAGCCGUCAGCCUUGCAGCCCUGGUCCUCCUCCUCUCCCUCAUCCUGGGUUGCCGACGUCUGCGUCGCUACGGCCGCCGCGGCUACAACGCCACGCCGACAGCGGACGUCGAGAUUGACCUCGACAAACUCCCAUCGAACGCCUCCUACCACCACACAGCAGCGCGACUCCACCCCAAGCUAGAAAAGCUAGAGUACCCUCGAAACGACAUCAUCUACCUCCGCGACAUCGGUCAGGGCGCCUUUGGUCGAGUCUUCCAGGCCAAGGCGCCCGGGCUCCUCAAGGGCGACGAGUUGACGACGGUCGCCGUCAAGAUGCUCAAAGAAGAAGCGUCCGAAGACCUCCAGAGUGACUUCGAGCGCGAGGCCUGCCUGAUGGCCGAGUUCGACCACCCAAACAUCGUCAAGCUGCUAGGCGUCUGCGCCAUCGGCAGUCCCAUGUGCCUCCUCUUCGAGUACAUGGGCAAGGGUGAUCUGAACGAGUACCUGCGGUCGUGCUCUCCCACAAACUACAUCGUGCGGACUCCCGGUGGCGAGAUGUUCAGCGACGUGCGGCUGAGUCACCUCGAGCUUGUUUCUCUAGCACGACAGAUUGCGGCUGGGAUGGUUUACCUGUCGGAGCGCAAGUUCGUGCAUCGGGACCUGGCGACGCGCAACUGCCUCAUCAGUGACGACAUGGUGGUGAAGAUCGCCGACUUUGGGCUGUCGCAGAAGAUGUACACGGCCGACUACUACCGGGGCAGCGAGCACGAUGCCAUCCCGAUUCGCUGGAUGCCCCUCGAAGCCAUCCUCUACAAUAAGUUCACGGUGGAGUCGGACGUGUGGGCCUUCGGAGUGGUCCUGUGGGAAAUCUUUUCGUUCGCGUUGCAGCCCUACUACGGCAUGACGCACGAGGAGGUGGUGGCGUUUGUCAAGGAGGGAAACAGCCUCGGAUGUCCAGAAGGGGCGCCCCAGCCGGCGUACGCGCUCAUGAGAGCGUGCUGGAACCGCAAGCCGUCGGCGAGGCCUAGCUUCAAGACCAUCCAUAGGGCGCUUGGGACACUGCACAGCGACCUAGUCAAGCAUAGGGACAAGGAAAACAUGGUUCAUGUGUGAGGCUGACAUGUAGAGCCUAUUUGUGUGAGGUGCAUUGAACUGCUUAGGCAAAAGGAUUAUGUGGAUUUCUGGAGAUUUCUACCUGUUUAAGCAGGCCUGUUGGUACGGCACAGCCGAUGGCCAGUGCGUUACGCGCUAGCUUUCUUUUUUUUUCUUCUUUUCAUCAGGACCAACACUGAUUUCGUUAGACCAGAAGAACACAAUUUUGCUGUACUCCGAUGAGUGGUGUCACACUGAUGGACUACUCUGACGACCGCCAGUUAGAGAGCACCGCAGUCGCUGAGGCAUGCCUAUGAGUAUGACUCCCUGGACAAUUUGUUGUGAAGGAGGUGGAGCAUUCAGUCUCUCUGAAUUGACUUUUCAGCUUUUGUGUCUUUGGUGCUAGCACACUCACCCUUUGUUGAAGUCUAUCACUGGGCAAAAUUAUUGCAUUCAUCUGUAUAUCGUUGCCUCAUGAAGAACAAGCAAGUCCUUUAUUAUUUGUGUGGGUGUUAAAGGAAGGUCCAUUCAAAUUAUUUGAUCACCAAUUCAGAGUAAAUCGAAUUUCACUCUAGAAGAGCUGGUCUUAUGGGAGGUGUGCAAACUAUAUGUUCUCCCUUGGAGCAUCGCCGUUGGAAUAGCCCUUAUUAAUUUUAAGUUUAACACACUCUUGUCUUCAGUUACUUCUUUCAACGCUCCAUCAAGCUGGGACCUUCUCACUUUCUCCGAUCGAAUGACCCACCUUCUGCGCGCCAAUGUUACAUUUUUAUUGCAGCACUGCAAAAUGAUCACCAAAGAUUGCUUCAGUGUUUGAUGGUGGAACAAGAGAUAGCUGAGCAACUGCCAGCCUGAGCUCUCUUCUUCUGUGAGGUAUCGCUGACAUGCUAAGCGUUCGAUCCAGAAGCCUGACUGUGGCCUUUCAUUCCACGUACAGCUGCGCACUGAUCAUGGUGGGUUGCUUGGACAUGAUGCUGAACAUGGCCCUGAGAGUAUUGCUUGAGAUUAUGCUGAAUCGUGGGGGUACCAUGUAUAGCCAUGUUGCAGGGAAGCCAUGAUAUAGUGUAUACUCACUUGGAGAAAUACAUUCCCUUUGGAGCAGCAUUUACACCUGUACAGACAUGCGCCAGUCGCAAUGCUUAAUACUCUUUUAAUCGUCGCGUUGUUAAAACACCUGUGUAGUCACGGGCACCUUUGCAGCUUUCUGUAAGUGUGCUUUUCGAGAGAGUCAUCGGCAUUUGUACAUAAAGCACUGGAAACUUCAAA